UGAGAGAGGAGCUAUUGGCCGCGUGGCUUUCUUUACCGCAUCCUCCUUUGGCCCGCAAGGCUUGACUGACCCUUCUUCCCGACGUUUUUCUUCCCUGCAUUCAUCGUACUCGCCCACGAUUGGCGCCAUUCACCCUUUGCUCCUCAUCCUCACAUCUCUCCCUUCCCGUAUCUCCGCUCUUCCCUCCAUCUCUCUCGAUCUUCCCGCAAAAUGUUGAGCGUCCAUCAAGCAAAUGCGCUGGUGUAUUCCACGCUGUGCGGCUUCAUGCUCGUGGGCCUGUACGCGGGUUACAGCGUCAAGAACAAGAAUCAAUUCUUGGGAGGUGUUCGAACGCAGAGCGCCUUGCCACUCACUUUGAACUGGAUAGCAAGCAGUUAGUUUGAGCAACGAGCAGACCAUUGGAGCGCCCGUCCAAGGAAUCAGAGCACAUGGAAAGCGCGCCGCGCAGACGCAUACAAUAUCGGUA